CUUGAAUUGUCAUUUGCUGAUCUGGUCUGAUCUGAAAUUUUAUUUUUUAUUUUUUUGCAUAAAGAUUUUAUUAUAUAUAUAUAUAUAUAUAUAUAUUAUAAUCCAUAAAUAAUUAUUUUUUAUUCAUUUAUAAUUAAAAAUAAUAAAAUUCCUUCCAAAUUAUCGAAAAUUGUUAUCGUUUUACUUGGACUAAUUUCAAUCCCAGAGCGAAGCAGACCAGACCAGAUCAUACAAAUACAGAACAACUCAAACUAGACCAGACCAUAUCAGACUACACUGGACUAGUCCAAAUAAAAACAAAGAAAAGAUAAAAUUAGGCAAUUGGCCCAAUAUACUCACAUAGUCACACGUAUAUAUAAAUUGUUGCAAGGGUAGGAACUUGAAGGGAAAGGAGAAGCCAUGGUUGAUUCAUAGAUGUUCAACAAUGGGCGAAAAGAAGAUAUGAACAAUGUUUGCGUGGAAAUUGCGAAACAAAUUUGGGAAGAUGUUCAGAAACCUAGAGCAAAGGAUACAUGAUGAUAUUUAUUACUCCCUCCGUCCCUCAAUUAAGUUAUCACUUUUCUUUUUGGGCAGUCCCUGAAUUAAAUUCCUACUUCUUCACUUUCCUUAUUUGGCAAAUUAUCUACAUCAAAACAGUGCAAAACAGUGUCCAAACAGUGCAAAACAGUUUCCAAACAGUGUCAAAACAGUAAAAUUUACCCCCCAGUAAAUUUAUUUCCUUAAUAUGUGUGAAGUCAAACACGUAACUUAAUUGGGGGACGGAGGGAGCAUUUUAUGUUACUUUUUUGUUCUAAAAAGAUUUAUAGUUUACCCAUUAUUCAUCAAGAUCAUCUAUAUUAUUUUGUCACUUGUAUGACUUAAAAUACAAACAGACUAAACCAAACAAUAAUAAAAUAGUACAAGUAUUAAUAAUAACAACAAUAACAAUACUACUACUAAUAAUAAUAAUAAUAGUAAUAAUAAUAGUAAUAAUAGUAAUAAUAAUAAUAAUAACAAUAACAACAACAACAGCAGCAACAACAACAACAAUAAUAAUAGUAAUAAUAAUAAUAAAAUAUGAUUUGGUCUGAUCUGGUCUGAGACGAAUUACAGUCCAAGUAAACACAACUCAAAUCAUACAAAUACAUAAUAAUAAUAAUAAUAAUAAAAUAUGGUCUGAUCCGGUCUGUUUUAAUCUGGUCUGAUCUGAUCUUGUCUGUUUUGGUCUGGUCUGGUGCGGGAAGAAUUAAGGUCCAAGUAAAAACAACUAAGUAAACUUCUUUCCUAAUUAUCGUACUCGGUAAUACUUUCCUAAAUACUGAUUAAUUACUGUGUGUAGACAAUCCUAACUAAAGAGGGUUACACGUUUCCUAAUUCCAAAUUACCUAGCUCUAUAUAUACGUAUAUAGCAGCUACACUCUUCUUCACCACCACACCAAAUUUUACAGAAAGUUAUAUACCACGUUGCUAGAUUUUCAAGCCACCGGCAAAGGCCUUAGUCGAUAAUAAUAUUAAUAAUAAUAAUAAUAAAAGUUAUGACACUUAUGGGAGAAGCAACAUACGAGCAAAAACCAAAUAAAAGACGAUGGAGAAGGGCGAAAAGAACCGCCAAAAUUAAUCUCAUUCCUCGGGACAUUAUAGUCGAUAUUUUGGUAAGAGUAGCUUCUGAUUCUCUACCCGAUUUACUCCAUGCCAAAUUCAGCUGCCAUGAGUGGAAUGAAUUGGGGGAUGACGUGAACGUGUAUAAACAUGCAUCUCUAGCUGAGUUCCCUGUUAUAUCAAGUUGGAAGCCAGAAAGUGCAGAAAAGAAAAGAAAAGUGGCUUCAUUUUUGAACAAGUGUAUAGAUGCCCAAAAUCUAGAAGCUUUGUUCAGGAGAGGAGUGGUGGGUUAUUUUAACGGCAAAGAACAAGAAUACGCAUUGGAGUGUUUGAGGAAGGCAGGGAAUGCGGGGCACGUGGGAGCAGUAUAUGUAAUCUGCAUAAUUUCCAUGCUAUUCAUGGGAGGUGAAGACAAGGAGAAAGGAAUGGAGGUGUUGAGUGCCAUGAAGAAGUCGGAUGAAUUGCGAGGGAAAGUUGGGGACGCUCGUCGGGAACUAACAUCGAUCGUGAAAGAGAUUUGGAAUGGGGAUUUUGUGGUUCAUAGGCAGAAACCAGAUUGUUGCAGCAGAGAAGAUCAUUGUUGCACGAAGACGGGCUGGGAUGCGGACGAAGAGAACUUGAGCAUUGAUUGCCCUUAUUGUAAAUGUGAUUUUGAGAUUUCUGUUAUUGAUAGUGUUCUCGCACCCUCCUUGAAUAAUAGGUGACAACUCCGGUACCUUUACAAAAAAUGGAGUAUCGUAACUAUCAUUCAUUUGAUUGGACCACAUCACUUUAUCAUUUUUAAUUUAGAUUUAAAUAAUUCAACUGCUACAUUCUCAUUGAUCCAUGUGGACAAAUGUAUGGUAUCUUAUGGGUAUUAUAGAAUUUACC